GUGCGCUUUCAGCCAUCCGCGGGUGGCGGACGCGUGACAUCAGAACUCACAGCUCAGAGCGAGCGUGAUCUCGCUCACGCCUGGCACUGGCGCGCCUCGCACCGCACCAGAUGGCCGAGCUGACCUAUGACCGGGUGGUGGUGGGGGCCGGCAUCAUCGGCGCCUGCACAGCCUACCAGCUGGUGAAGGCUGGACACAGGAGCGUCCUCCUGCUGGACCAGUUCCCGCUGCCCCACUCGCGCGGCAGCUCCCAUGGCCAGAGCCGCAUCACUCGCACGGCGUACCGGGACCCGGUGCAGGGCCAGAUGGCGCGGCGGUCCCGCACCCUCUGGGACGACAUCCAGCGGCAUGCCGGCGAAACUCUGUGCCACGACUGCCCGAUGCUGCUGGUCUCGGCGGCCGAGAACCGGGAGCUCUUCGAGACGUACCUGGCUUGCCUGGACGACCAGACUGUGUACUCAGGGCGGCAGCUGGCGGAGCUCGUGCCGGUGGCGCGCUUCCCCGUCACCACCGUCGGCUGCCUGGACAGGACGGCUGGCGUGCUGCGAGCCGACCGCUGCCUGGAGGCCGUGCGCCGGCUGUACCUGGCCGCCGGCGGCAGCCUGCGCGACAGCUGGCCCGUCACCGAGGUCUCGCCCGGCGUCGGCACGGCGCCCCUCGUCGGCAUCGAUUUGGGUCCGGGUGACAACACGUCGCACUUCUACUGGCUGCCCAGCCUCGAGUACCCCGGCUUGGUGAAGUUGUGCAUCCACACUGGAGUCCCCUGCGACCCAGACAGGAGGGACGCGGUCUCCACAGAGGCCGUACUCCGGCGCCUCACCGAGUACGUGACACAGAACUUCCCGGGCCUGGAGCCGGAGCCGGCCAUCGUCGAGACGUGCAUGUACACGACUACUCCGGACGAGAGAUGCAUACUGGACGUCCAUCCGGCCCACCCAAAUAUCGUGUUCGCAGCCGGGAUGUCAGGCGAGGGCUUCAAGAUGGGGCCGGUGUUCGGCGAGGUGCUGCAGCGUCUGAUCGACGGCGAACCGAGCCAGUUCGACCUGGCGCGGUUCUCUCUGCGGCGGUUCGACGGAGCCCGCCAGCUGGCCGGGCUCUGA